CAACACAGCAAAUCCCAGAACACUAAAACAACACAUGGAAGAAAAACCAUAAAGCGAAACCCACCUCCCUCCUACUCUCUUCACUUUCUCUUCCAUCUAGGGUUCCCUCUUUAUCUUUCCUAGUUUAAUUUAUUAGUUUAUAGUUUAACUCAAUGGUUGGUUGGUGAAAAAAGCAUGUCCACAUGCCCGAGAGAGAUCCCUCGUUAGCUUCAACAGAAUCUCCCUUUGAUCGUUCCUCUAUUUUCUUUUGUACUUCUCUGUCAAUGGCGCUUGCUCUGUGAAAGCUGGGAAAAGAAAAAUAUGAUUCAGAAAUCAGGCGGGAAUCCAAUAGAUUAUUAGCUGGACUGGGAAUCUUGAUGACCAUGAAGAUCGGCGGAGCUGUGUUGUUUUGGCUGGUUUUCACUUCGUGAGCAAGAAACUACCUUCUUGUUUUUCGGGGGUCUCGGUUUUGAGAUAUGACGUUUUGGAUUGGCUGAAUCGAAUCUAGUGCUAUAUUUAUGUAUUUGGUAAUUAUGGGAAAUAUUUUCGUGUUGGGAAUGUUUUUGGGUAUCAGAUCGUUGGUCUCCUGAUCUCUGAUCUCGAGAGGUUUAUGUUUCCUCGUGUUCGCAGCUGUUUCUUAGUGGGGAAACAAGGAUAACUGCGUACCAGUUCAGGCAGCCUCUCUCUCCACAAACUUUUGUGAAUGCAUACUUGGUCAUAGAGGUCUUCUGUGGCAGGUUAAGCUGUAGCUGAACUACCGAAAGUACUCGAAGUAUUGGUGGAACUGCUUGAGCUUGUUCUCGCAUUCGUUGGGGAGUUUGAAUUUGUUGGUAACUGGUUAUGGCAAUGUCCUGCAAGGAUGGUAAAAUAGGACUGGACAACGGUAAGUAUGUCCGUUAUACACCUGAGCAGGUUGAAGCCCUUGAGAGGCUUUAUCACGAAUGCCCCAAACCUACUUCCAUUCGUCGCCAGCAGCUUAUCCGCGAGUGCCCAAUUCUCUCAAACAUUGAGCCGAAGCAAAUUAAAGUUUGGUUCCAGAACAGAAGAUGUAGGGAGAAGCAGAGAAAAGAGGCUUUACGCCUUCAAGCAGUUAAUAGGAAGCUGACGGCCUUGAACAAGCUCUUGAUGGAGGAGAAUGAUAGGUUACAGAAGCAGGUGUCUCAAUUGGUGUACGAAAAUGGCUAUUUUCGUCAAAACCCACAAAAUACAACACUUGCAACUAAGGACACAAGCUGUGAAUCUGCGGUGACGAGUGGUCAACAGAGUUUGACAGCACAGCAUCCCCCUAGGGAUGCGAGUCCUGCAGGACUUUUGUCCAUAGCAGAAGAAACUUUAGCAGAGUUUCUUUCAAAGGCUACUGGAACUGCUGUUGAGUGGGUCCAGAUGCCUGGAAUGAAGCCUGGUCCGGAUUCCAUUGGAAUCGUUGCUAUUUCUCAUGGUUGCAUUGGUGUGGCAGCGCGAGCCUGUGGUCUAGUGGGCCUUGAGCCCACAAGGGUUGUGGAAAUACUCAAAGACCGGCCUUCAUGGUUUCGUGAUUGCCGAGCUGUUGAUGUUCUCAAUGUGCUGCCCACAGCUAAUGGUGGAACCAUAGAGCUGCUUUAUAUGCAGCUCUAUGCGCCAACAACACUGGCGCCUGCUCGUGACUUUUGGUUGUUGCGCUACACAUCUGUUUUAGAAGAUGGCAGCCUUGUGGUCUGUGAGAGGUCUCUUAAAAAUACUCAAAAUGGUCCAAGCAUGCCACCUGUGCAGCAUUUUGUGAGAGCAGAGAUGCUUCCUAGUGGGUACUUGAUAAGACCUUGUGAAGGUGGUGGUUCUAUCAUACACAUUGUUGACCACAUGGAUUUGGAGCCAUGGAGUGUGCCUGAAGUACUGCGUCCAUUGUAUGAAUCAUCAACAGUGAUGGCUCAGAAGACAACCAUGACGGCCCUACGCCAGCUUAGACAGAUAUCUCAAGAGGUCUCUCAGUCUAAUGUCAAUGGGUGGGGCAGACGCCCUGCAGCUUUAAGAGCACUCAGCCAGCGAUUGAGCAGGGGUUUCAAUGAGGCUCUAAAUGGGUUUACUGAUGAAGGAUGGUCAAUGAUUGGCAAUGAUGGUGUAGAUGAUGUUAUGGUUCUGGUGAAUACAUCUCCUGACAAAUUAAUGGGUUUAAAUCUCUCCUUUGCAAAUGGAUUUCCAUCUGUCAGCAAUGCAGUCUUAUGUGCCAAAGCAUCAAUGCUGUUGCAGAAUGUGCCUCCUGCCAUUCUCCUCAGGUUUUUGAGGGAGCAUAGAUCUGAAUGGGCAGACAACAACAUGGAUGCUUACUCAGCUGCUGCCAUUAAAGUUGGUCCUUGUAGCUUACCAGGAUCUCGUGUUGGAAACUAUGGAGGUCAAGUUAUACUUCCCCUUGCCCACACUAUUGAGCAUGAAGAGCUUCUGGAAGUCAUUAAACUGGAUGGAAUAGCUCAUUCUUCUGAGGACAUGAUAAUGGCAAGAGAGCUGUUUCUUUUGCAACUCUGUGGUGGGAUGGAUGAGAAUUCUUUUGGCACCUGUGCUGAGCUUAUAUUUGCUCCAAUUGAUGCAUCGUUUGCUGAUGAUGCCCCACUUUUACCUUCAGGAUUUCGCAUUAUUCCUCUUGAUCCUGGGAAGGAAGCCUCUAGCCCAAAUCGAACCUUGACCUUGCAUCUUCGCUGAUAUUGGCCCUGCUGGAAAUAGGGCGUCUAUUGAUUAUGCUG